ACAUUCUCUAUCUCCUGAUUGGAGGCUUUUCCGUUUUGUCUAUUUUUGCUCACUCACAAGCCUAACAGUAACAGCGACCAAAAACCAACAACAACGAGGCACCCACCCUCGCCUGCUUUGCCCUUCGUAUUCCUUAAUAAGGAAAGAAAUUUCACCAACGACAUCUCUCCUUCUCAAGUCGCCCUUAUCCGCUUUCUCUAUUUCCUUUCAUCCAUCCAAGUUUCUUCCUCCUGUCUCCUCUUCGAUCCCCCAACACGCUCCUUCCGUAACUAGGGUUUCUCGUGAGUUUCUUAGCUAAAUUUGGCUAUAUGCCUGCAGUUUUACCUCACCUUCUGUCCCUCUCCUAUUAGGCCUGCACUUUUGCUUUUGCUUCACUCAAGGAUAUACCACAAGCUGCUUCUGUAGUCAAUUCUUCCUUCAACCUUGGCCUUUGCUUUCUUCCUAUUGUCUCUACUCUUUUAGUUUUGCUGGUGAGAAUAAGGGAAUCUAAUGGCGCGGGAGAAGAUUCAGAUUAAGAAGAUCGACAACGCUGCGGCAAGGCAAGUGACGUUCUCCAAGCGACGCAGGGGGCUCUUCAAAAAAGCUGAGGAGCUUUCUGUCCUCUGUGAUGCGGAUGUUGGCCUCAUAGUCUUCUCCUCAACUGGAAAGCUCUCUGAGUACUCCAGCACAAGCAUGAAGGAAAUACUCGAAAGGUAUCAUUUGCACUCGAAGAACAUAUCACACCAUGAACAACCGUCUCUUGAAUUGCAGGUCCGUGUUCUCAACCGCACCAACUUGAGCAAGGAAGUUGCUGAGAAGAGCCGUCAACUAAGGCAGAUGAGAGGAGAAGAUCUGCAGGGUUUAGAUAUCCAGGAAUUACAGCAACUAGAGAGGUCUCUCGAAUCUGGAUUGGGCCGUGUAAUAGAAAAGAAGGAAGAGAAGAUAAUUACUGAGAUCAGUGAUCUCCAGAGAAAGGGAAUCGAGUUGAUGGAAGAGAACGAGCUGUUGAAGCUUCAAGUAUGA